CGACGCUUCCUGGAACGUCCCCCAGCUGACAAAGAUGACGAGAAGCGGUUUUCUGAAUUCGUGGGCAAGAGACUGUCACGGAAAGUCGACGGUAAACGUGGAGUUACUUAUGAAUUUUUGGGCAAGAGAACACCCUACGAGUUCUUGGGAAAGAGAACACCCUACGAGUUUUUGGGAAAACGAACACCCUAUGAGUUCUUGGGAAAACGAACACCAUACGAGUUCUUGGGAAAAAGAACACCAUACGAGUUCUUAGGUAAAAGAUCACCAUACGAGUUUUUGGGGAAAAGAAUGCCUUAUGAGUUCUUGGGGAAAAGGUCUCCCUAUGAGUUUUUGGGAAAAAGGUUACCCUACGAGUUCUUGGGGAAAAGGUCACCCUAUGAGUUCUUGGGAAAAAGGUCACCCUACGAGUUCUUGGGGAAAAGGUCACCCUACGAAUUUUUAGGAAAACGCGCCCCUUACGAAUUCAUUGCCCCUGUCAAGAAAAGUGUCUACGAUUUUUUCGGAAAACGAGUUCAGCUGCCUUACGAGUUUGUCGGCAAGAGAAUGAUCGAUAACCGAUCGGACGAUGCUUCUAGAGGCCGAAGAUGAAAACUCCGACGAAUUCGUGGAUGAGCCCGGCUGGGAGCAGUCGACUAAGAGAUAUUCAGAAUGGUUAGGUAAACGAGAACAGCUGCAAGGUCAGUCGUUCCCACAGCUGUCCAGCAACAGCCCCAUCUCGGAUCUGCUUCACCGUCAUAUGCAGGGCAACAUCAAUGGUGGGUCCGCAAGCAGACCGGAAACGGAAGCUGACAAUGACACUCUUGCUUCCGGCAAGCGCUAUGCUGAGUUCCUCGGCUAAAUGCCUCCAUUUUGUUUUUAUCUUUUCCCCACCCACUCCCACUCAAAAAGAAAGUUGCGCAGCCAAUGAAAUCUUUCGUCUUGUCCAGGUCUAGAAUCAUGCCACUGAAGCGCCAUUAUUAUUGUAACACAGACAACACAAGAUGGUAGAGAUAUUAUUUAGGAAAACCCUGGCAGCAGAAGUAACACGUUCUAGAGUUAUUCACCUGAGUUGAUUGAACACACCACAAAGGUAACUAACUACACCUAUAGAGUGGCAUCCACCAGGUAGUUGGGGGAGAACAGUUCAAAGUUCAAAACGCGGAUGAAUAUCGCUUGGUUAUAAUUACUCCGUUCUCUGUUGGGGAAGCUGGACCUGUCUGGCAUGAAACUGAUCGGUGUUCUGAUAAUUAAAAAGAAUCUUUCUGAUUUGCAGACGUGUCCUGCAUUUAAAAGUAGUAAGCCUCGCGCAAGAGUCUGUACUCUAUGUUUUGUGAGUUUUCCUCCCAAACCUGAGCAUUUCGGUGUUUGUAGUGUGGACACGCGGACACGUGGGAAGACAGAAAAACAGAGUUGCAGUUUCAUUUUCACUUGAAGCAGACUCGACUGUGCUCUGUGCUUGAUCCUGACUUGUUCACGAAGACGAAUUGGUGGCAUGACAUUAAAUAUGAAAAAACA